AUUAUGGAAAUAGCCGUGGAGUUGAAAAGUAUUUAGUGUUAAAUGGUUAGAAAUGUCCGAGGAAUCGUGGUAGGGGAUCGAGGGUGUUAAAUGUACGCCGGGGAGAGUUGUAUGUAAUAAUCUGUCGGAAAGUGGCUUGUGGUAUGGGAAGAUUAGUUGAUAUGAGGUCGGUAGGGGUGGAGCCCCGCCUCCGGCACCGCCCUCCCGUCACUACGAGCCGGGGGCGGCCGCGGCGAAACGAAGCAGUCGAGUGGGCCGCCAGUGGCAGGAAUGUCCGCCUCGAGUGAAGGUGUCGUCAAGCGGCCUUCCUUCUGCAUCGAGUCCCUUCUGGGCGAGGAUGCGACAGGCAGCGAAGGCAGCAUCUCCCCGGGCAGCGAGAUCGUCCAGCCGACUUCUUUCAGCCGGCAGAGCCCUGGCAACCAGAUGCAGCCAGCGGCACCGGCUUCUCAACCACCUCCUCUAUCCGCCUUUACACCUCUGUACAACAAAAAACAAGCGAGCCUUCAUCAGCUGCAGCUCGAAUGGCUCGCGAGGACCGGCAUGUUGUAUGCAGCACCAAGGCUUCAUUUACCAGAAGCACACCAUAGCCUUUUGGGGAAAACAAGAAGGCCCAGGACGGCAUUCACCUCUCAGCAGUUAUUAGAAUUAGAAAAACAGUUUAGGCAAAACAAAUAUCUCUCCAGGCCGAAGAGAUUCGAAGUGGCCACCUCCCUCAUGCUCACCGAAACACAGGUCAAAAUAUGGUUCCAAAACAGGAGAAUGAAAUGGAAAAGGAGCAAGAAAGCCCAGGCGGAGGCAAAAAGCCCCAAGGAAGAACAUCAGCAGGAGAAACCGACGCGGGAGGAGAGGUCGCCUUCGGGCAUGCUACAACCGACGACUGAGGACACCCACUUAUACAGGCCGUACGUCGCUUGAUACUCCGGUGGACCUGUGAAGACAAAUUUGGAAGAAAUUCACUUUUGAUUUCCAGUAAAGGCGCCCAGACAAUCGUCUUUUUCGGUUUUAAUUAGGAGUUCUGAGACUGGAAUUUCCAGACUGGGGAGGGGGGUCGACCGAUGGACACCCAGCAAAGAUAUCCGAUAAGAGUACCAAACGUGCUUUUUUUUAAAUCAAAUUUCAUUUGACUAUUCAUCUUUGAUUUUGGUUUUCUGCUCAAUUUUUAUUCUGAUGAUGUUUUUUGGAGACUCCAUCUUUAACUCUUUCUUGUUAAUUUUUCCUUUUAUUGUUACCACCUUUUGACGUGUUAGUUCUACAGAAACUAUUCUUUUUUUCUCAUAAUUUUUCUGUUCUUAUUCGUCAUUUUAACAUUGAUCACUCGGAUAAUUGAAAUUUCUUAUUCACUCCUUGAGAACAUUUUAUUGCACUUUGAUAUUGCUCAUCAUCAUAUGUGUUUUGCAUUAUUCUUCUUUUAAUUUACCUAAUUAUGAUGAUAUUGGUGUUACAACACAGAAAAAAACCCGCAGUGACUUCAUACAGUUACUACUACAAUUCUGAUUUAUGGUUUAUAAUCAGUAAUUUUUGUUCAUACACCAAAGGCCAAGAGAUAAAAUUUCCAUCCUGUAAUGAAACAAUCAGAAAGCUCGUUUUUUUUUUUUUUUUUUUUAAUUACUCGUGUACGAUCCCCUUUUCGAUUCAUUCGAGGGAUUAAACAGUGUUAAGUGGUAAUGAUCUCCAUAUUACAAUAAUAUAUAAUUUUUUUCCUUAUCAUUGUGUAUAUAAAAAUAGGCAUUCCUUUAGGUCCGUUAUUGAAAUUUGUUAUUGUAAUUUGUAAAGUAAACAAUUGUACAAAAGAGAAAACAUAAGACGACUUGUAUAUAUAAGAAAUCAGUAUUGUCGUUCAAUUAACAAAAAAAUAAAUGUAUACGUUCGAAACGGCAAAAUCAUUGUAAAAAAAU